AUGAUAAUUUUGGUUUUAGGAUGCUUCUUUGUUGUGCAUGGAUUGCCAGGUGACUCUUGUUAAACUACAGCAAAAGGGAUAUUUGCUAAAAGAUAAACUGAAUUUGAAGAAUAAUUGAAUAGAUUAAGAAAUGAAGUUGCUUAGGGAAGAAGAAAAAAUCACAUUGGCGAAAUGGAUUAUGCAGCAAAUAUGAACGUUGUUGAAUGGCAAUAAGGAAUUGCAAAUGCUGCAUAAACUUGUUCAGAAAGAUGUCCAGAUUCUCUCGAAAGUUGCAAACAAGUAAAAUUACACAAGAGACAAUAUUUAGUUAACAACUCGUUAUGGUGCUUUACAUAAAUUCAGAACUGUUCAUUCAGUCAGUCAGGAAUGGGAACCAAGGGAGGUUUAUCAAAAGUGGAUGGAUGAUAACAAGGGUGAGUAAUUGGUUAUUGCAAGAAUGAAAUAUUUCGGGUGUGGACGUUCUUUAAAAAAGAAUAUUGAUAAAUUCAUAGAAUAUGUUGUUUGUUUCUUUGAUGAGGUACUUUAUCUUAAAGAAUAAUAAGGCUCCACGCAAAGGUGUUGUUCCUUAUGUUUCUGCCACUUAAAAAACCAUUGGGUCAGCAUGUGAUAAAGGAAGAUCAAGCACCUAUUCAGGAUUAUGCAAAACAACAAUAUAUCAAUAAAAAAUAUUUGAUGGAAUAAGGUUUAGCAAAUAUACUCUGGUUGAAAGUAAAUGAUAUAUAUAAAUAAUAUUAAAUUUAAAAUGAAGACAUAUAUAAACUCAAAUCUUGUCUAUUCCUAAUAUUCUGCGACUUGAAGAAUAAGUUAUUUGGAUGGUUUUUAGUUAAACCAAUUAAUCCAACCUAUCAAUUUUCGGAAUUAGAUCUACAAAAUUCAAACUUAUAGGAAUACUCAAUUUAAAGCGUAUAAUUUUCUAUCAAUUUAAUUAAAUCUUCUAGCUUAAAUCUUGAAGAUAAAUUAUUAAGUAAUAAGCAUUCUUUAAUCAAAACCUAAAAAAAUAAAUUAUCCAAUUAACACAGGAUAUAAUCAAAGAGUGGCCAAAUCAUUUUGGAAAUAGAGGGUUUAUAUUUUGAUACCAAAAAUGGAAGAUUGGCUAUAGCCCUAAUUAAACCAAUAAAAAAUAUGAAACGAAAAUGGUUUUGA